ACGGCGACAGACGUCAGACGCCGAACAAAAUAAAAAAAAUGGCUCCGCCGAAGCCGAAGUUUGCUGAAGGUGAGAAAGUGUUAUGUUUUCACGGGCCACUUAUUUACGAAGCAAAAUGCUUAAAAAGUUCCGUUACAAAGGAUAAGCACGUGCGAUACUUUAUACAUUAUGCUGGAUGGAACAAGAAUUGGGAUGAGUGGGUUCCUGAGAGCCGAGUGCUCAAGUACAAUGAAACCAAUGUUCAGCGGCAAAAGGAGGUGCAAAAGACUCACUCAGCACAGCCUACCAAGACUAAGAAGACUCCAGCUAAAGGCCGCAAGUCGGAGGCAGCAGCAGCAGCCACCACCCCUGCCAGGGAGGAAUCCAGGGCUUCCACUCCAGCUGGUAAAGAACCAGAGCCAGCUGCUCCGGCUAAAGCCAGCAAAACACAGAGCAAGGAUGCUCCAGCUGACUCAGGAUCUGAUCAACCCAAGAAAAAGCGCGGUCGUUUGGACUUAUCUAUCGAAUCUGAAGAGCAGUACUUAUCAAAGGUAGAAGUGAAGAUCAAAAUCCCCGAGGAACUGAAGGUGUGGCUAGUUGACGACUGGGAUGUCAUUACAAGGCAACAGAAACUAGCCAUUUUACCUGCCAAGCUGACCGUGGAACAGAUUGUAGAUAACUAUUUGGCUUUCAAGAAGUCCAGCAAAGCACACACGCAAGCUAAAGAAACUGUGUUACUAGACAUAACUGAAGGCAUUAAGGAAUACUUCAAUGCUACUUUAGGAUCACAAUUGUUGUACAAGUUCGAGAGGCCGCAGUAUAGCGAGAUUUUACAAGAGUAUCCCGACACGCCAAUGUCUCAAAUCUAUGGCUCUAUACAUUUACUAAGAUUGUUCGCGAAAAUGGGGCCGAUGUUAGCUUAUACGGCCCUAGAUGAGAAAUCUCUACAGCAUGUGCUGACACAUAUACAAGACUUUUUGAAAUAUAUGGUGACGAACAGAUCGACACUGUUUAAUCUCCAGGAUUACGGUAAUGCUACUCCGGAGUAUCACAGAAAGAUUCAGUAGCAUUCGCUUAAAGGUAGCCCUCGGAUUUGGACUACUUAGUUCCGCUAUACUCAGCGUGAGGCCCUCCGACACACCCCAGACAUUUCAUACAAAACAGCUUGUUGUACACAGACACUACACAUUGACGUUACGUCGCCCAUACGAUUGCAGACUAAAGUAAGACCGAGGGGGUGAGGUAAACCUAGCUCAGCCGCUGGUGGGGAGUGCAGAGUUUCCGUUCUAUACGUAGUAUUAUUCCAUAUUCUAUGCCGCCGAGCACAAUAGUUCUAUAAAUUGUCUGCAAUAAAUCAGUGUGAUUAAAAAUUUAAAACCUAAUGUGGCCCACAUACAAAAAAGUGUGAGUAUAGCUGACAUACCUAGUUGUUAAGUUUAUUUUUAAUAAUGAGUUGUUAUUUUAAAACCGGCGUGUGCUUUUAGUAAAUGACUGCAACAUUAAAUUAAGUUUAAUUUC